AUGGUCAAAGUAUACAAACCUGGCAAGGUUGCCAUCGUACUCCACGGAAGGCAGGCGGGAAAGAAGGUAGUGGUCAUCAAGCAGCACGAUGAGGGUUCAAAAGAGCGCCCCUACCCCCACGCAAUCGUCGCCGGCAUUGAGCGUUACCCCAGGAAGGUGACGAGGCGAAUGGGCCAAAAAAAGUUGGCUUUGCGGAGUAAAGUCAAGCCUUUCAUCAAGGUUGUCAACUACUCCCACCUGUUCCCUACACGGUACGCACUUGAGCUGGAAGGCCUCAAGGGUGUUGUUUCUUCCGACACUUUCAAGGAGCCAACGCAGCGGGAAGAUUCGAAGAAGACGAUUAAGAAGUUGCUUGAGGAACGGUAUGUGUCGGGCAAGAACAAGUGGUUCUUCACUCCUCUUCGUGUGAGUGCUGUUUGA